CUGAAAUUUCAACAUUUUGAUGCCAACUGUUUUUGCACACGGAGUUCUACGAAAAGCACCCCAAGAACCAAGAUUUCUUUAAAACAUGCGAAGAAUUUCUACUCCCAAAAGACAAUUCGACUCAGUCCGGAUGGCAAAACUGCAGAAAGCAAGACUCUUGACAUGAAAUCGGAGCGAAAUGCCGCUCAAGGUGAUAUUAGGAAAAAUGGCGUUUCGGAACCCCGAACUGGGUUGUUUACCAAACGACCAUACGAGGCUUUACGAACUUGUGAUGAUUUUGACAAGGCGUUGAAGCCAUGGGAAAGGACUCUGACCAACAAAGAACGAAGUAUAAUCCUCAAGGAACAGCUGGGCUGGGAAAGAGCUUAUGAGAUCUUUAAUUGGUUCAGGAAAAAGGGAUGCUAUGAGAUCAAUGUGAUUCAUUGCAACAUUAUGUUGAGGAUUCUAGGGAGAGCACAGAGGUGGACAGAACUAAAGAACUUGUGGGAUGACAUGAGGGGGAGGAGGGUUGAACCCGUAAAUUCAACAUAUGGGACGUUGAUUGACGUGCAUUGCAAAGCUUGCCGUCUAGACGAAGCUAUGGAGUGGGUUGAUUUGAUGUACCAAAACAGGAUGGAACCAGAUGAGGUCACAAUGGGAAUUGUGAUUCAAAUGUAUAAAAAAGCAGGGGACUUUAAGAAAGCUGAAGAGUUUUUCAAGAAGUGGGAGACUGUAAAUGGAAGAAGACCACAUGAAAGCAUUAGUUCACCUCUUUGUUUGAGCUCAUAUACGUAUAACAACUUGAUAGACACAUAUGGGAAAGCAGGAAAAGUAAAAGAAGCAAGUGAGGCUUUUGAAAGGAUGCUUGAUGAAGGGCUUUCACCAACCACAGUAACUUUCAACACAAUGAUUCACUUGUACGGUAAUAAUAACCGAAUGGAGGAAGUCUGGUCCUUAAUGCAGAAAAUGGAGGAUCUUGGCUGCUAUCCCGAUACACGGACAUACAACAUCCUUAUUUUUCUCCAUGCCAAACACAACGACAUAGAGACUGCAUCAUUCUACUUUGAAGUGAUGAAGAGUGCGUCUCUAGAACCAGACAUUGUAAGCUACCGAACCCUCUUGUAUGCCUUUUCAAUAAGGCAGAUGGUUUCUGAAGCAGACAUGCUAGUUCUAGAGAUGGAUGAGAAGGGAAUGGAGAUUGACGAAUAUACCCAGUCAGCCCUCACUAGAAUGUAUCUAGUAGCCGGGAUGUUGGAACGGUCAUGGUCAUGGUUCCAUAGGUUUCACCUUAGUGGGAGGAUGACUCCCGAGUGUUACUCUGCCAACAUUGAUGCGUUUGGAGAGCACGGCCAUGUUUGGGAAGCGGAGAAAGUUUUCUAUUGUUGUCGGGAGAAAAAGAUCAUUCAUUUCCCAGGUUCCAAACGGGCGCUUACUGUCCUCGAGUUCAAUGUAAUGAUCAAGGCUUACGGGAUAAGCAAGAAAUACAAUGAAGCUUGCCUCUUAUUUGACAGCAUCCAGAAACACAAUAUAUCUCCAGAUAAAUGCAGCUACGGUUCCAUCAUCCAGAUAUUAGCCAGUGCCAAUCUUCCUGUCAGGGCAAAACGUUACCUGACCGAAAUGCAAGGGGCAGGCUUGGUGGAUGAUUGCAUUCCUCAUACAGCUAUCAUUUCCAGUUUCAUAAAAACAGGUCAGUUGGAAAAGGCGGUAUCUUUAUACACAGAGAUGAUCGGGUUUGACAUCCAGCCCGAUCCAGUAGUCUAUGGUGUUCUGAUAAACGCAUUUGCCGAAAUUGGAAGUGUUAGAGGUGUGAACUUUUACUUAAACGAAAUGAGGAAAAAUGGGUUGGAAGCGAACUCUGCCAUAUACAAUUCUUUGAUAAAGAUAUAUAGUAAAGUCGGGUUCUUGAAAGAUGCUGAAGAGAUAUACAGGGCAUUUCUGUCUUUUGAGGAUGGCCCCGACACAUACUCUUCGAACUGUAUGAUCAAUCUGUAUAGUUCGCGGUCUAUGAUCGGACGAGCAGAAGAGGUUUUUGAUGGGCUGAGGAGAAAAGGUUGCGCGAAUGAGUUUUCUUAUGCUAUGAUGUUGUGCAUGUACAGAAGGAACGGGAUGUUCGACGAAGCGGUUCAAAUGGCUAAAGAAAUGAGAGAAAAGGAACUGUUGAAUGAUGUGUUGAGCUAUAACAAUGUGAUUGGGCUUUAUGCAGCUGUUGGAAGGUUUAGAGAUGCAAUGAUUACGUUUAAGGACAUGCUGGUUUCAUCUUCUUCCGUGAGGCCCGAUGGGUUCACGUUCAAAUCUCUCGGGGUUAUUCUCGUCAAAUGUGGGGUUUCGAAGGAAGAUGUGAAGAGACUGAGGGAGAAGGGUGAUGAUCAGAAUGGUGUUUCUCUUUGGAUUUCAAUGCUUUCUUCUGUGAUUGGGUUUUGUGAUGAUGAUGAUGAUGAUGAUAAAGAUGAUGAUUAUCAUGCUGUGUUUGGGGAGAGGUAAAAUGACUGGUUUUGUUUUCAUCAAAUUAUCUCUUUUAUGUCUUAGGGUCUGUUUGGAAAGGAGAAAAUGAUGUCUUAGGGUCUGUUUGG